CAGGAUUCAGGGGAGAUGGGGAGGACUUCUGCCAUUAGCGUGUACUAGUGGCUGUGUUAGCUCUGUCAUUAAGUUAACCUAGUUGACUAGGCUUAUUCUAACCUGCAGCACGAAUACAAACAGUAAAGAGCUGACAUUUUCUCAACGAUACAGAGGUAUAAGGCAGCAAGUGGACUAACAUUUCGCUCGGGAGAAUAUCGACCGAGAUGUGUAACGACCUGGACUUGAUAUCAGGAAUCUACCUGGCUGCUAGUGUGUUGACUGACAGCUGGCACCUGGCUGCUUAGCUAGCUGACUAGCUAGCUAGGUGAGCUGACGGGGUUUUUCGGGCUCAUAGUCCGGCUCAUAGUGUAGCUAGUACUGAUUUUGGUAUAGAGUGGAAAGCGGCUUCUCUGCAUUAUUUGACUCCGCCUGCUGUUCAAACCAUGAGUUAGCUGAACAGCAUCAGGCAGCAGUGUUCGGGAUAUUUUAAGGUCCAGCUAGUUUCUCUAGCUUUUAGCUUGAAGCCAGCUAGCAGCAUUCAUUCAGCUGUUGAAGCGUUAACGCCAGCACCUCAGCGACUGACUCUGUCCAACUACUAUCGUUGUCGCGACAUUUAUACAUUUUUGGACUCGGUCCUGCUUUGGGCAGUGUCAAGGGAAAAUGAAGAAAUUUUUUGAUUCCCGUCGGGAGUUUGGGGGCUCCGGGCCUGGUCCUGGAGCCGGUGGAGGAGGCGCUGGUUCCGGCGGCGGAGGCAGCUUCAUCGGACGAGUCUUCAGCAUUGGAAGAUAUCAAGUAACCGUGGAGGAAACAAUCGCUGAAGGAGGUUUUGCCAUAGUCUUUUUGGUGAGGACUCAUCAAGGUGCACGAUGUGCACUAAAAAGAAUGUAUGUCAACAACGAACACGAUUUGAAGAUCUGCAAACUUGAAAUACAAAUUAUGAGGGACCUGGUGGGUAACAAAAACAUAGUCGGCUUCCUGGACUCCAGCAUAACUGCAGUCGGAGCUGGUGAUGUGUGGGAAGUCCUGAUCUUAAUGGACUUCUGUCGAGGUGGCCAGGUGGUGAACCUAAUGAACCAGCGGCUACAGACGGGCUUCACUGAAGCUGAGGUGUUACAGAUCUUUUGUGACACGUGCGAGGCGGUCGCUCGUCUACAUCAGUGCAAGACUCCAAUCAUCCAUCGAGAUCUCAAGGUGGAAAAUAUUCUUCUUCAUGACCGGGGACACUAUGUGCUCUGUGACUUUGGAAGUGCCACCAACCACUUCCAAAAUCCUCAGACAGAAGGGGUGGCAGUUUUAGAAGAUGAAAUCAAAAAGUAUACUACGCUGUCAUACCGUGCUCCAGAGAUGGUCAACCUCUAUGGGGGAAAUGUCAUCACAACAAAGGCAGACAUUUGGGCCUUGGGUUGUCUUCUCUAUAAGCUGUGCUACUUCACCCUUCCAUUCGGCGAGAGCCAAGUGGCUAUCUGUGAUGGCAGUUUCACCAUCCCAGACAACUCCCGCUACUCACAUGAAAUGCACUGUCUUAUUAGAUACAUGCUGGAACCUGAUCCUGAAAAGAGGCCAGACAUUUACCAAGUAUCCUACUUUGCCUUUAAACUGGCUCGACGAGAGUGCCCCGUCCCAAAUCUACAUAAUUCACCUAUUCCUGCAAAACUUCCUGAGCCUAUCAAAGCGAGUGAAGCUGUGGCCAAAAAGAGUCAAAACAAAGCCAGGCUCACAGACCCAGUUCCUACAACGGAAACCUCAAUUGCACCUCGACAGCGGCCCAAAGCUGGCCAGGCUCAGCCCCAGCCCAUAUCAGGCAUUCUUCCCAUCCAGCCAGCACUCACCCCACGCAAGAGGCCUAGUGUGGCUACUGGGGCACCCCAGGCUAUAGGUGUCGGUAUCAGUGUCCCUCCUCCAGCUUCAGCUGCUGUCCAACCUACUCAACAGGCUCCGUCUGCUAACAUGCAGCCGCAGGCUACAUCUCAGCAUCAGCAGCUGCUUAUUAAGCAGCAGCAGCAGCAGCAGCAAGCUUCUGCCUUCUUAAGUCCACAGAGCACUCAGCAGACGACUGGCAGAGGGAUCCACAAAGUUGGCUCCCUGACACCCCCCUCCUCGCCAAAGACGGCCACCAAGAGUGGCCACAGACGCAUCCUUAGUGAUGUCACCCACAGUGCCGUGUUUGGGGUCCCCGUUAGCAAGUCGACCCAGCUACUUCAGGCAGCCGCAGCUGAAGCCAGCCUCAACAAGUCCAAAUCAGCAAGCACUACUCCUUCUGGGUCCCCCUGCUCGUCCCAACAGAGUGUAUACCAUCCAGGUGACGGGGAAGCCUCCUCAGCACUCACUGUCCCCCACACUCAGCCUGCCUGGAAUCCUUUUGGAGAUGAUAACUUCUCUAAGCUAACAGCAGAGGAGCUUCUUAACAAAGACUUUGCAAAGCUAGCUGAGACUGCUGCAGCUGGAGAGAAAGCUGCGGGAUCCAAUGAAAAUCUCAUUCCCAGCCUCAAUGCCUUUCCAGAGAAGCUGAUUGAGGGACAGAAGUCCCCUGAUACUUCUCUUCUGCUCCCUGACCUCUUAACCCUGACUGACUCCUUCAAUACUGCUGCAGAGAGCACCACAAAUGUAAAGGCAGAGGUGUGUGUGGACUCACUGAUUCCUGGUUUGGAGGCUCCCCAGCCCCAGAGACAUUUGGGCCAGCCAGAGCUCAUUCCUGCCAGUGUGCCAGAUUCUCUCACUGGGGAGGAUUCUCUGCUGGGUUGUGAUCUGUUAUCUCAUACCUGUCAUGGAAACCCAUCUGUUUCUGUUCUCCCUUCUUCUUGCUCCUCUGCUCCUCCUGGCGCUGGAUCCUGCCUGGAGGAGCUGCCAGCUGGUCAGACUGCUUCUGACUCUGCUUUCCUCAUGUCGUGUGGGGAGAAGGGCAAUGACGACGAGUUUGAUCCUAUUCCAGUGCUCAUCUCCAAAAACUCAAAUCAAGAUCUCCAAGGGGAGAGUAAUGGCUACUCUGUGCUUGAGGAGGGACAAGAGACUGAAACUGUAGGAGCAGAUUCUCCACAGAAUGAGGGCUGUGUGCACUCCAGCGAUGAAGACGAAGAAAAAGAAGCACACAAGGACGAGCAAGAGGACGGUGAAGGCAUUGAGAGUCACAUAGCCCCCCAUGACUGCAGCGGUUCUAGACCUCUGCUGCAGGACUCCGAGGAUGAAGAAGACCAAGGGCCUCAGUUAGCUCUCCAUCCAUCUCUGCACUCCGGCACAGCAGCAGCACAAUCAGCUACAACCUUCGAUCAACCUGCUCCAAAUACCUUUGCCCAGAAUCACUUCCAGCAUGUACACGAGGCAGCAAAGGAGAUGGAGGGCGCUGCAGAUAUCUUCUCCAAAGCCCCCUUUCUGAUUGCGCAAGAAGACACAAGUGACGUAUUCGCUAACGCUCCAUUUCCACGCGGUCCCCUCGCGGCUCAGCAGCAGCAGCAGCUCGAUGUUUUCUCUCAGGCUCCAUUUGGAAAAAGAAAGGAGCCCAAAGGAGCACAGCCGAAGACCUCGUACCCCCACGCAGCUGGAGCUCACGCUGUAACCUCUGAUCAAGGAGUCUUAGAACAGGUUGCCCAGCAACCUUUCCGUCCUCAAGCUCUGGCCAAAUACUCCCGACACUUUGAAGGACCUGUGCCCCAGCAGCCAGCAGCAGCUCACAGAGCAGCGUCUAACGCGAGCCAGCAGGCUGCUGUAGCAUCUGUCCCCGCUGGACCUCUACACUCGUGGACCUCAGACGUGAGCGCUGUAGACCCAUUUGUCUCUGCACCCUUUCACCUCAAGGCACCGCAAGAAAAGCCCUGAACGCACACUCACAGGUCAGGGCAGUGGGAAUCCGCGCCUACCGAAAUAUGCAAAGUGUAACAGGCGUACCGCAUGCUGUCACCAGCGCUGCAGCGGGACUGCAGGCCUGCAUGGAUCUCAUUCUUAACCAACUCAAAUAGUGCAAGGUCAUCUUUACUUUGACUAAACUGACAUCAGUCCCACAUUCACAGUUUUGUUUCCUCUGCCUUUCACGUUUUCCUUCUUGUUCACAUUUACACAAUGACUACAUUAUGGUCAAGCAUUUGAUUGUUUUCUCGCCUACCUCAGUUUUUUUUUUUUGUUUUUUUGUUUGGUGUGCGUCUGUGUGUCGGCGCUGAAAUAUCACACACAGCGAGGGAGGUCAUAGACUGUCUGCAGCCGUGGUGGUUAGAUUUCCUGGACAGUUUGAGCUUCAUUGCGAAACUACGAUCUGAAAAUGCCUCAUUCCUUUAUUUUAGUAGUCAGCUUGAAUGACGUGACCGUAACUUCAUAGAACCUUGAAAGACGGGAAGACGCAGCCUAGGAAUAUUUCAUUAAACUAGAAAUGUGCAAAUGCCUUACAGUUAAACAUUUACAGUUACUUUUUGUCUUUUAUGCUUCGAAGUUCAUAAAGGAAAUGCUGGAUGUUGAUGCAAAGUGUAAAUUUAACGUGCGCGUUACGCUUGCGGUCACAAUCAUGUCAUACAAAAACAGUUUGUUCCACAUCAUGUACGAACUAUAAGUAAAUGUUAGUCAUAUAACAUUUAUUAUGGUAAUUCUUAUGUUGUAUAAAUGAAGCCUAUUCCCGUUGUUUGUCCUCACUGUACAAUAUGACAUCUCCAAAGCCUUAACACCCUUGCUGCACCUCAGAACCACAUCAGAACAUCAGCAGCAUUCAUCACGUUUGCCUUCGUGCCCUCCUUAAAUGAAAAUAAAGACACUGCUGCAUUCACAUAAUCUUACUGUACUCGUGUUCAGCACCAAAUACCUGCGUACAAUCAUGUACAACUUCCUCUUGCUGUCUGCUGUACACGCACGCACAAGAUUGUCAUCGAGCACAGGAAUGCGUCUUUGUUGUCGACUUCUGUAUCCUAACUGUGACACAUUUAUGAACAACUGAAGUGAAAACUUUUGACUGCAGCUUCAAAAUAAAUAAAUAAAUAUUACAACUGUCUACGGCACUUAUGCUUCGCAGUUCCAGUCAGGGUAAAUGUAGUGUUGUCCAAGUGAAAUCUUAUAUGGUGUCUGAUUGAUGACAUUCCUAUUGGAUUUUGUUUCCGUUGCCAUUCAGACGUAUUUAAUUGUCUUUGUUCUUUAUAGAAUCAUGGAAGACCUAUUUGGUCCCCAAAAGGGAUCCAGCCUUUCUCAACCCAAAGCUUAAAUUAUGUUUUUCUCCUUUGCAAUGUAAAAUCUUUUAUUUCGAAGUGUUCGGUAUUUUGUUAUAAAUGUUUACUUGUCUCAUCCCAGUUGUAAACAAGACGAUUGCACAUAAUCACUGACAGAGUGUCACGGUUCUUGAAGAAUGUGUUUUGUUUGUAACACAGCUGUAAGUUUGUUUUUGUUUAUUUUGUUUGUUUGUUUGUUUGGGGGGGGUGACCGCUGUUGUGUAGGAAACAUUUGGAGUAACAGUUAAUAAGACUGUUGGACAGGAAAGCACUCAAAAUACUUCUUAUGCUGCACAGCCUGCCUUUGAAAACUGUCAUGAGAUACUAUUAAAUGAAUGUAAAUCAAAA